UUUAUAGAAUCAUGAUCAAAAUAAUGAAGAAUUAAGUGAACUAUUUUUAUGAGGAAGAAAUAUUACAAUUUAGGGUGUUGCUCGGCAUUUCCGGUUGUAAUUUGAUCCUAAUUUGGAGAGUAAAUAUUUAAGAUUUUUGCAACAUUUAACUGUUUAAAGCGUCAGUAUGUCAAAAUUAAAGAAAUAUGUUGAAGAAAACAAGAAUUCUAAGGCCUUGGAGAUGGAAAUUAUUGAUCGAGGUGUGACGGACCUCACCGAUGCGCCCAGCUUGUUUGACUUGUCACAUCUAACAAGGCUGACUCUGGCACAUAACAAAUUAACAAGUAUCCCAGCAUCUAUCACCAACUUGUACAAUUUGGAGAUCCUCAACUGCUUCAACAAUCACAUUAAGGAAAUUCACCCAUCAAUCAGUACAAUGACAAAAUUAAAGACACUUAAUCUUGGAAUGAACCGCCUGAGUGUCUUGCCACGAGGAUUUGGUGCCUUUCCCGUGAUUGAAGUCCUAGAUCUAACCUACAACAACCUGAAUGAGAACAGCCUUCCUUCCAACUUCUUCAAUCUAGACUCUCUGAGAGCAUUAUACCUUGGAGACAAUGACUUUGAGACAAUUCCGCCAGAGAUUGGAAGGUUAAAAAACCUUAUCAUUCUUGUGUUGCGUGAGAAUGACCUUGUGUCCCUGCCUAAGGAGAUUGGGGACCUGAUACGGCUACGAGAACUGCUCAUUCAGGGAAACAGAUUGACUGUGCUGCCUCCAGAACUCGGUAACCUUGACCUCGUGGGAUCUCGGCAGGUGUUCCGUGGGGAAAAUAACCCCUGGGUGACCCCGAUAGCGGACCAGUAUCAAGUUGGCGUGUCACAUGUGUUCGACUACAUCAGAUCUGAGACAUACAAGUUCCUGUAUGGGCGUCACCUAGCAGCUGGUGCCCCGCCUCCUCCCAAAGUGGCUGACAAGUCCAAGAAGAUCAGCAGGCUCGGAUGAGAAAUCUGUACACCUAUACCAGAUCCAUGAGUGCCGGGGCUCGGAUGAGAGAUCUGUACAUCUAUACCAGAUCCAUGAAUGCCUGGGCAUCCAUAUUUACCAAUUUUAGAAAGAAAACAUUACUGACUUAAACAUGUGUUCAUGGAAGAUAUGAGGGACAAUUAAAAGUACUUGUUAUAUUAAGUAGAUAUCAUCUAAAAUAGCUUUCCUUUUUCUGGGAAAUAUUCAGUAGUCAUCUCAUAUAAAGUUGUAUGGCUUGAUUAGGAAUUACCUGAUUAUAUUCAGCCAGACCUAGAAAACCUUUAACAAAGGGAGGUAUUGAGUCUUGUUAAUGUUGCUCUCCCUUACGUCUUACACUGCCAUUUUCAAAUAAUAAAUACAUGUCGGGAAUCAAUCACAUUUUCAAAGAUGAUGUGAUAACUGGAGAUUAUUCUUUGACUUUUGAAGUACCUGUAGUAAUAAAAUACUAUUUGUGCCUUGCUGUUAAGAGACAUUUCGAGAUAGUCAUCCUAAAGUCAGAUUCUGUAGUUUAUCUUUCGAAAUGUCAUCCUAAAGUCAGAUUCUGUAGUUUAUCUUAAUUAUGUUCAUAAACAUUUAUACAUGUAUACAUGUACUUGCUUGUAUUAUUAUGUUAAGUAUGGUGCUGAUUUUAUAUGCACACUUCACUGUAGAAGUAUGUAUAAAUCUUGUAUAUAUUUUUUGUAUAGUUUUAGUAUUAAGUUAUAAUUGUUGUUGUUUUUAAAAGUUAAUUGAACAAGGACAAGCAAUAGCAAUCCAAACUAUCAAUUGUUUUACUUCUGUAGCACUGUUACUUCUGUGGCACUGUGGCACUGGUUGUCUACAACUGGUAAGCUGUUACAUAACAUGAAGUCACUAAGGGCUAUUCAAUUUAAGCAAACAAACCUAACCUAGGAAGGCAAAACAAAGAAACUGUGUUGGAGGAGGUUCUUGUUUGCUACAUGUAUUUGCUUCCAACAGUUUAAAAAACUGAAGGCGGGCGGUCCAUUUUGAAAGAGCCAUCCUGGGCUAGGCUGUAUGUUUAAAUGGAACAGCAGUUAAGUGUCAGUAAAGUCGAGUAUAUUUGUACAUGUACAGAUACUGCUCUGUUUUAUAAGAUGCACUUUAAAUAAAAUGAUUAAGUCUAGUAUUGCUGAUUGUGAAAUUACUGUGCUCAAGUUCAAUUUAAAUUAAGAUUUGUGCCAUGAUGAUAAAUAAUGCUUGUGACUGUAAUUUUUUUUAGAAUAUUUGGAUUCAAAACAGUGCUCUUAUAUGAUGUUUAAUUUAAUUGUUUUCAGCUAUAUAAAUAGUCAAUUGAAACAGUUAUGUAAUGUAGAAUCUCAGUUAUAUCAUUUAAGCAUACCUCUAUUAUUUAUUUGUUAAUUACAUCGAAGCCAUAAAUGAUGUAUGGUAAGCUUUAUUGUACCUUCAAAAUACCGGUACUGCAAAACGUAUGUAUGUAAAAUAGUAUUAAAGACUCUUUUAAUUCCUUAUAUCAAUUAAAGAAAGAAAUUUCUUUGUGACAUGUUGCUACAUAUUGUAUAUUACAAGUUGUCAUAGAGUCCUUGUAAAAUGUAUUUCGCUUACUUGUAUAACUUCCUACAUGUAUAUUCUUACCUUUGGUAUCAUGUACAUAUUUUGCUGCUUUUUGUUAUACAUGUUAGAUAAGAAUUUCAUAGUAUGUAUUAUUGUUACUUCUCAGUAUCUAAACUUUGCUUUUGCAAAUUAAAUAACAUAACUGAAUUAACUUGA